AUGGGCAGACCAACGAAAGAGGAAGCAAUGGAGAUGCGAAUCGAUACCACUGACGCUAUCUCCAAAGCGCUCGCUGCCGCCAAUAAGUUAGUCGCCCCACGGAGCUACGUGCUAGGAGGCGUGGAUCAUCGAGAAACAGUCUACUGGACAAUACCGGAAGCGAACACGCCUGCUGUGCACCCUGAGGCUACGAAGCACCGUCCAGCACCGUCAGCAGCACGGUUUGUGAUAGUCUGCGGCUUCGGAAAGGUAGACAAGCAUGUGUUUAGGGCUUACAACACUAUGAGCGUCACGGCACAGCGAACGAUCAUACGCAAAGGCGGCCCUCAUGUGGAAAAGAGGGCGAUACUGCUUCCUGGUCAUGUCACUGUAUGGGGGCGGACUGUAUUCGAUGAAUUCCACAAUUGCAAGUCGGAGGGCACAAUCAUGGCCAAGUUUUACCAGGAUAUUCGAAGCCACAACCACGGAUACCAAUGGAAAGCAUGGGCCCUGUCCGGAACGCCUAUGGAACAAGGACUGAAUGAGAUCUUGAUCUUCGUGUCGCUAGCACUCAUUGGCCUUCAAAACAGGAAAGGGGUCUCUAACUGGUUCAACGCUACCGACAAGAGAGACUCCGUGACUGGCGAUCGCAUCUAUAAGAUGGAAGAUGCAGUCUACCGAACAUUGAAGACGCGCGACCCGUGGGGCAAACCAAUAUCCGGCAUUAAGGGCGACUUCCUGCCUUACUUCCAAAGCUGCCCAUGUCCAGAUUUCCUCAGCACGGUACAAAACGCUGAGCAACAAUGCAGAGAUAUCCUGGAAAAAGAAGGCCUUGAUGAAUCAGAAGCUAGCAGACGUGUGAUCUUCAACCGCUUCGAGAUGCAGGCGAUAGCAUCCUACCCUGCGCUUGCUACUCUAAAGGCAGCACAGUUCAAAACAUACGGCAGCCGCAAAGUCAAACGCUUCACGUCAAACAGCGUGAAGGACCUCUUUACCAACCCAAGCAAGGACCAUUUCCUAGGAGGUAUGACACAGCACGAAAUCAACCUCAAGCUUGCUAAAUGGAGGGAUCCAGAUGGGCCUUGGAUCAUGGUGGCUUCAAUGGCAUUUGCAGAGGCAAUCACACUGACAGAAGCUACGCACGUCGUCAUCAUGGAGCCGCAAGACAGGCAGAACACACAGGAUCAAUUCAUGUUCCGAGUGUACCGACUCGGCCAGUUGGCAGAAAUGUGUGUCGGCAUUGUCUAUUUUAACCCAGACAGUGAACUGGAACUCAAAGUACUGGGCAAGCAGGACGUCAAAACAACUUCCCGAGAUAAACUACAAGGUGGAGGAUCGACGGUUACGGAUCAACGCAUGGACUGGCAUCAAACUGAACCGAUUGUCAUGAGUUUAGAAGCACUCUGCUAA